GCAUCCGGAUCGUUGCAUUGCUUCUGCGAAUCAAAAGAUUGUUAAAGAGGCAAAGGAAAAAUUUCAAGAUAUUCAGCAAGCUUAUUCAGCAAUGAUGAACCAAAAUAAUUCAAAUGAAAGUAGAAAUGAGAGUUUUGAAGAUCUGCAAGUUCUCUUUGAGGAGAUAUUCCAGAGUGACACUGAUACCUUGGGAUCUUCUCACUCAUGUGUCUCGUCCAGUGAGGCAUCAAGCACCUCGAACAAGAGGAACUCCUCCGGGACGAGCUUUAGAAAGUCCACCCAACUCAGGGGAUUCUGCAUAAGGGCGGAGCAUCAGCAAAACACAGAGAGAGCAGCCGGAGAAAGAAUGCUAAGAAUGGCCGGAGGUAGCAGCAGGUGGAAUGGCUGGAAGCAGAUGCCGUCUCGUCGAGAGGCAUGUCUGCUUCGAUAUCCUACAACAUCAAGCUGGUAUGGUUGGAUCUUUUGUUAUACUAAGCUCUAACAUAUAUAUGUACGAAACAAAUUGAGAUGCCAUCAGAACUGAUUUGAAGAUGUGAUGUGCGUUUCAUAUUUAUUUUCUUAGCUUGUGUUUGUUUAUGGACACAUUUAAAGUUACUGUAAUUGAUGAUCAAGCUCCCUUUAUUUAUACUGUUUGAUUUGUUUCUCUUUUAA